CAUUCUGUCUCAGAGGUGGAUGCCAUGCCAUCGGAUUUUCUCCAUUAAUCAGCUGUUUGCGUUUACCUGACAAGCGCGUCCGGGGGUAUUUUAAGGGUUGGAGAUCCCUCUUGGUGGCGACAAUACAGCAGACGGAGAGAGCCCUCCAUCAGCCUCAUCAGCUACUGUAAGUCACAUCAAGAUUGAGCCAAUCAGUACCAUGGACCUUUAGGAGCAGUAAUGGCAACUUGCUGUACCUCUCGCUCUGAUUGGAUAGACUUGUAGCAUGCGUUCCCUACGUAAGACUGUGCUGUUAGCUCUGGUAGCAUCAGUGGUGCUGGUUUUGGCAGUGCUACAUUCCUGGCCCACGCGGGUCUACAGCACUGUGGAUGUCCGGUACAGACCGGGUCCUGGAGCUGAGCGGUUGCUGGAGGAGAGACUUCCUGAACCAGAUCCCAGCACUAGCACCAUCCCUUACAGAGUGAGGGAGAGUGUGGCCAGGCUUUUGGCUCGCAACGGCUGUGUUUGUGAAGGAGACAGCAGAGGGGUCAACCUGCCCUUUGCUCAGCUUUUGUUCCCUAGAGUGUCUGCCCAUCCGCUGCACACUGCCUUCCAGGCCUCCCAGCUCCAUGAGAUGAAGAAACGGCGCGCCAAAGAGUAUCAGAGCUUUCAAAUGAGGUCGCAGACCCCUGCUGAUCUUCUGAUUGUAGCUGAAGCUAACAACCCUCUGCAGUACCCAACCCAGGGUGUGGAGGUUCGGCCACUUAAAACUAUCCUCAUACCAGGUUUGGCCUUAAAAGAGCUGCCCCGAGAUGUAUAUACUCUGAACUUUUCAGCAUCUCUGGGCACAUUUAAUGUGGCAGCAGAGGUGGAGGGGGUAAAGGUCAGGGGUGAUGGUGAGAUGCACAUGACCCUGAGCAGCAGCCUUUUGUCCAGUCUGAAUCGACAGCUCCAGUUUAUCACAUAUACUAACACGUUGUUCCACCCCAGCACAGCUGACACAGUGCAGUUAGACACAGAAGGACAUCAAGCUCUGUUUACCAUCAAGAUCCGUCAUGGAGUUACACCCAAACUCUACAACACAGGCUCUGAUGCAGAUAAAGAGUAUAACAUCAGUGCUCUCGUGACCAUAACAACUAAAACCUUCCUGCGCUAUGACAAGCUCCAGGAUUUAAUUGACAGCAUACGACAAUACUAUCCAACAGUUACAAUAGUGAUAGCAGAUGACAGUGAGCACCCGAAAACAGUAUCAGGCCCAUAUAUUGAACAUUACAUCAUGCCCUUCGGAAAGGGCUGGUUUGCUGGUCGUAAUCUGGCCGUGUCACAGGUCACCACCAAAUAUGUGCUAUGGGUGGAUGAUGACUUUAUUUUUACUGCCAACACAAAGCUGGAGAAGCUGGUGGAUGUGCUGGAGAAAACCACACUUGACCUGGUUGGAGGAGCAGUGCGUGAAGCUACAGGCUACACUGCCACCUACAGGCAGACAAUCUCAAUUGAAGCUGGAGAGGAAGACGGGGACUGUCUGCACAUGCUGAGAGGCUUCCAUCACAUCAUCCAGGGCUUUCCUCACUGUGUUGUCACUGAUGGAGUCAUCAAUUUCUUUCUUGCCAGGACAGAUAAAGUGCAGCAGGUGGGCUUUGACCCCCGGCUAGCCCGUGUUGCGCAUUUGGAGUUUUUUAUCGAUGGACUCGGCUCCCUGCAUGUUGGGUCAUGUGAUGAUGUCAUAGUGAACCACGCCACCAAAAUCAAGCUGCCAUGGGGCGAGUCGGAAAGCGACAAAACUUACGCAAAGUUCCGCUACCCUCCUGCUUCAUCUGAUGCGACACACACCAAAAAUGGCCUCUUGUACUUCAAAAACCGCUUCCAGUGUCUAACACACAACUGAACACACCCUGGCUAUGCCUUCUUCCCUUUCUCUCAU